UCAUCGAAGAAGAAUAGAGACCCUGAGAGAUGACGUCGCAGCUGGACCCUAUUGGAAUCUCGAGCCAGGGUUCAGGUACACAUCGGAAUCUUAUUGGAUAUGGAAAAUCGCGAGGUCCUCUCUGAAAAAUGUUGGUGUGGAAGCUAAUUCGAGCAUUUUCACAGCAGCGGACAGUUCUAACAAAACUAAAUAUGGUUUAUAUUGCAUGCUCCAUACGUUGAAGAUAUACACCAAAAUACGCCGAAGACCAAGCCAACAGAGUCAGUUGUUUUAGAGCCACUGUUUUAGGAGGUUCGUGUGCUGACCGCUAUCAAUGUGCCUGUCAUGUUUACAUUUUCGCGCGAGGGCCCCCCAGCUAGCUCUCUAGCUAGCAAUGCACAUUCACUGCAUGUUGUGUUGGACUUGCUCGUCUGUAAGCAAUGCAUACACCUUUGCAAAUGACAACAACAUUAAAAACAGUAUAACGUGCAUGUAUAUACGUUUAUAGAGUUAUCUAUGUGACACAAGACAUGUUAAACUCGCACGUCCUAGACCAGUGUCUUCAUCUCGAGUCGUGUAACGUUACUGUAGCUACAUCGACAUAAAUCCGGAUAUAUCCGUUUUUAUUCAAGUUAAAUAACUAAGGUAUUUGAGGUAUACAUGUUAUGUUGAUGACAAAGUGUUAACAAAAGCAUCGCAUUAAAGCUGCACCUUCUGCAAGACCUCUUCGAUCACUCCCGAAUCAGCAUCGUUUCUUUGGUUUGAAAACAAUCACAGCAGUAUUUUCUUCAGUUUAAAGUUAGAAUCUUUACCUUUUUUACGUGGUCAAAUGACGUGAUCUUGAAUACAACGUUAGUCUACUAUACUGUAACUUUACUGUUGUCCUGUUUAACCUCCUGAUGUGUACAUGAUUCGUCAUGAUUGACAGCUGAGCUUCCAACUCUGGAACCUGGGUGACGUCACACAAACCUGAGCCAGGGAGAUUAAAGAUGUCGGAGAAGGUGCAGAACACCUUCAGGUUGCAGCUGUCCUCCGUCAUGGACUCCCUGCUCACUGCAGCCGUGGGUGAGAUCUCCAAGAUCUUUGAGGGCAGUCUGAGUGAGCAGCAGGCAGAGCUCACGCAGAGUGUAGAGGAGAUCUCAGCAUUGAAGGGGAAGCUGAGGCUGGCAGAGAUGAGGUUGAAGGAGGGUGGGAAAAUAAAGGUGUUGGAUGGUACGUCUGCCAACACCUCUGGGCAAACAGUCACUGACGUGACGACAAUUGCUGAUAUAGAAGAAGAAGUACCCGAUUGGUGCGAGCCUCUUCAGUCAGAAGAUUCUUUAAUUCCACCCUCGAAGAUCAAAAAGGAAAAUGAGUGGCCAUGGGUGGACCUGCGACCAUUGAGUGUGUCUCUAUGGCGCAUCCCUAACAUCAAACAAGAGGCUGAAGAUUUUGAUAACCACUUGCUGACAGCCCUAGCCAGGAGUCCUCCACAAAAAGGGUCGGCUGCGGAGCGGUUGUUAAACAGACGGUUAAAAGACAUACCUGAACUGAGCGCGGCCUGGUCAGGGUAUGGUUGUGGCUCAGUAGGGCGGGGGCUGAGGAAGACCCACGGUAGUCUGUUGUGCACAUUCAAACAAGAAAAUCCGGAACCCCAGAGCAGCGUCUUAUUAGAUAAGAAUGUCUUGAGGCACAGCACAAGACAUGGAAAAGAUUGUGACUUACAAAGCAAACACAGAGAGGGGACACAUGGGAAAACGAGUGACAUAGUAAAAAAGAAGGUAGGAAGGAGAAGAAAGCAUUUAAAAAUGGAACCUACUGCAGAGGAAGAAGCAACAACCAGUGGAACUGACAAGAGUUUCUGCUGCAAAUACUGUGGGAAGGGCUUUCACAGAGAGUUUGGUCUUUCUGUGCACAUGAGGUCUCAUAACAAGGGGACAUACAAAUGUCCUAAGUGUCUCAAAAAGUUUCCGUAUCCAAGUGCACUCCGUGUGCACACAUUGAACAGCCACGGCAAAACAGAAAAGAACAAACCUUGCUCUAAUGUCAAAGAAAAGUUGAACUCUAUCAACCACAAAGUGAAAUCCCUCUCCCCCAUCAGAACAAAGCCUACUUCCCCCAACAACAAACCUCUCUCUUCCAGCAAGGCCAAACCUCUACCCCCCAAAGACAAACCUACCUCCCCCAACAACAAAGCUGGCUCCCCUAAAGGCAGCACACAUCCUUGUCACGUUUGCCAUAAGGAGUACACUUCUGCAAAAUCCCUGCAGGACCACGAACACAUUCACACAGGUGAGAGACCGUACCCUUGUAACCAGUGUGGGCAGAGGUUCCGUGUAAAGCAGUUCCUGAUAUUACAUUUGCGUAAAGCCCAUGCGGAUGUGUACGGGGGUGAGGAGAGCAGCAGAUACCUCUCCUGGACUGCACCAGUGGAGGAUCCCAUUGCUAACAGUGCUGAGCAGCAACCUGCCAUUAAGUCAAAGAGCAAAGACGAUCGACGUGCAAAGGAAAACAGCAAACAGAAGCAAAUGCCAGAAACAGACGGCCUGUUUCAAUGCACAGUGUGUAAAAAGCUGCUAAGUUCACAGAUGAGCCUCGUUCAACACUUCCGCAUCCACACAGGUGAGAAACCGCUCAGCUGCGAAGAGUGCGGCAAGAAAUUCCGCUGUCACCCCAUCUUGAUCAGCCACAGGAAGUCCGCCCACCCCGGGAAGAAGUACCAAUGCCUCAGGUGUGUUCAGCAAUUUGAGACCAUGGCUGAACGUAAGAGACAUCUGCUACAAGUCCACCAAUUCAAGAAACUCAACCCGCGGUCCCGCUGUCCUCGCUGUAACAGGACUUUCCACAACAGUAACUCCCUGAGGAUCCACUAUGAAACUGUCCAUGCCUGAGUCUGUCCACACAUGGCUCGGCCUAGUCAAGUUGGAGUGUUCAGCAGGACCAGGUUCAAUUACAUUCAGAAAGUCAGAUUGUUACGUCCAUUUGAAGUUACAUUUGUGAUUUGAAAAGUGCUGUUUAUUUUCAAUUAGUCUUUUUUGUCAUCAUUGACUGGCUGAGUGAAAAGCGAAUUGACCCCAACCCUGGUGGCCAAUGAAUUAACAUGAUGCUGAGAGAGGACUCUAAAAGAGCAAAAACAUGUGAUUUGGUGGUCAAUGUUUGUGAUAUGGUGCUCAAUAUGGGUAUCACUGAUCAAACUGUGAUAUGUGGUUGCAGGAUCACAUUUUUUUUAAGUCUGUGCCGGACCAGUUUAUGGCAUUUUUGAUUUCAACGUCUUGGAGCCAUGUUUUAUGUUUUUAGUUUCAUGUAAACACGUCUCUAUCAUUUCUAUGUUAUGACAUGUUAUUUGUACUGUACUUUCUCUAUGUUGUCAAGAAAAGCACAGGGAAUAUACUUUUGCUCAAUCAGGUUUUUUUUUUAUACAUGAAUAAAAUGUAUAUACUGGAGGUUGACUUUAUUCAAUAGGUCAUGUAUACUUCAAUAGGUCAAUAGAUCACCCAGUUUAUUAGUGACCUUUUAUGAAUUACAAUGAUUGCACAAACAUGGGCAGUAGAGACCUCUAGUAAUAAAGGAUAACAAAUAGUACAUGUUCCUCAUUUGCAAUAAUUAUUUCAAGUCAUUAGAUCUUCAGGUACAGUUAAAAGCCAUGUUCACAUUGAAGUGACUCAAAUCCUUUUUCAUAUCCAAUUUGUAUCUGUUUGUUUUCCUGCAGUCUGAACAGCCAAAAAGCACAUGGAAUCUGAUAUUUCAAGCCAUGUUUCAAACCACCUUCGUAGGUAGUGUGAAGUCAGAUACGAAUAUGAUUCCUGGCAAUGUGACUUGUCUGAGUGGUCAAAUCUGAUUUAUUUCCCCGCAAAUGGUUUUUAGACUUAUUUGGCAUAUCUUGUUGCUUGCUAGCUACUAUGUUGACAGUUUGACAAGAUGUGGUAGCGAACGAGCUUGCUAAUUGUUUAAACAAAUAAGUGAAUGUGCCAGAACGCUAAACCACUAACUAGUUGACUGCUGUGGCUAGCCAAAAAGGACUUGUAUUGGAAAUUGGAUAGUCUUAUUCUUUGAGGCUUUAAAAGUGUUCUUACACUAUGAUUUUGAACAUUCAAAGCAAUUAGGAAACGUCCAUGGCAGGUGUUGUCACCUUAGCUUGUUGCAUACUUCUUUCUGAUGGUUACCAAUCAGCCUAUACCACUGUGCAAACACCCUUAGUUACUAUGAACUAUGACAACUAGCGUAGCCGUGUCAGCAAAUGACUGCUGUCACAAACCCGAUUUGUCACUUGUCACUUGCUUUUUGGCCAGUCAGUAUUAAAAAACAGAUUUGAAGUUUAAGGCUUUAGAUUAAGAUAGAACUAACCCAAAAUAGUUCACCUGUGUCGUUUCCAAUGGGAGCAAAUGAAGCAUAGUGGGUAGGAAGGACCAAGCGCGAGAUCAUAUUAGCGCGUUGUAGCAUGUAUUUGCAUAUUUUUGUUAGGGAACGUUUCCUCGGUGAAGUGCGUAUGUGCACAAACUUAAUUCGACCUUGCACUCCUAAACAACGCAAUUUUUAAAAACUUUGGCGAAGAGUCAAGUCUAUAAAAUGUAGUGUACUGUGUUCGUAGUUUUGGGAACAGAAAAAUGUAUUGAGAUCAGAUGUUUAAUCGAUGAGAAAAAUAGCAGAAUAUCGGCACAGUUUCACCUAGUUCUAUCCUCUCCCACUAACCGUGACUGGACAUUCUCUCACUACCAUACGCGGAGAGAACCUUCUAAAUGGAUGCUUCAAUUGUAUAACCCCUGUGACUUGUCUGGGUUAAUCCCUUCUGUCUGUGCUUUAGAACUCCAGGUGUUAAUGGAAUUACUUCAGAAUUUUACAAAUUAUUUUCUGAACAAGUACCUCCCUUCCAAUCUGAAGUAAAACAUUUUUAGAGAGUAUUAAAAACAAUGUUCUCCCUCCUACAAUGAGUCAGGGGUUAAUAACACUGAUACCUAAACCUAAAAAAUAAGUGCGGCUCAUCGAUAACUGGCGUCCAAUUUGUCUUCUUAAUAAUGACUAUAAAAUAUUAGCCUUUCUGCUUGCAAAAAUAAAUAAAGAAGUCCUGGAUGCAAUCAUUGAUGAAACACAGUCUGGCUUCAUGAGGAACAGACAUAUUUCUAACAAUGUCAGACUAGUAUUAGACAUACUUGACUACUCAGACCUAAUAACUGAGGAUAGCUUCAUAUUAUUUUUUUGAUUUUUAUAAAGCAUUUGUCACAGUAGAGCAUCAGUUCCCCUUCUACUCCCUUGAGAAAUUUGGCUUUGGGGAUUUGUUCUGUAAGGCUAUUAAGACUCUAUACAAAUGCUAACAGCUCUAUCAAAUUGAAAUAUGGCACCUCACCUAGAUUUGAGUUAAAGAGAGGAAUUAGGCAAGGUUGUCUUAUCUCUCUGCUUUUAUUAAUCACCCAUGUGCUGCCAUCCUGUUAGAAGGUAACAGAUUAUUUUAUUACAAUGGUUAAAUUGGAUUUUCAUUGUGUUCAAUGGUGUUAUUUUCCCCCUAGUGGCGCUUUCUGGUACUUAGAAAGACGACGCAAACAGGAAGUACAGAAUUUGUUUUGCACGCAUAGAAACAGCUACAAACAACGCUACGGUGCAGGUCUUUCAAUGUAGUUAUUUCUUGUCACGCUUCAGCCUUGGAAAAAUAUUUGUUUGUAAGUUCGAUUCAAGCAUUUAGCUAAUGAUGAUAAUCUUGUUAUUGAUAGAGUUGCUUACAUAUCAAUGUUGGUUGCAUUUACUCACAAAUUGCAAUGCCUUUAAUGUAUGUCGUUAGCUGUAUUACUUUGCUCAUGCGUCAUGCAAACGAAUUGUAAAAUAUACAAUACUGUAGUUUUGUUACUGUUUCUAGUAUAAUAUGUUUUGUUAUUCUACAUAGAUGGUUCUACAUUAUUAGAGUAAUGAAAGGAGCCAAUUACCAUAUGGUUAACAAUUAGCUAUAUGGCUUGGCAUCAUGCCAGAUGCAUGGUACCUUAGCGCGUACUUUGUAUUUAUGCAACUUCAAAUGUUUAAUGUACAGCUACAGUAUGUCGGUGUGAAUUGAACACUAAAGUAUAUUAUUUUCUGUAUUUUGCAGUUUCACAACAUAAACGUUUACAAUAUAUUCAUUCAAGAAAA